AUGGACUUUCAGCCACCUGAUACCACAUUUACUGGCGUUGACGUGUUGGAACAACCAUAUACUACAUUUGAAACACCUUUGCAGUACUUUUUGCACUUUUUUGACGAUUUGUUGGAUCACAUUGCUGAAGAAUCUACUAUAUACAGCAUACAGAAGGAUUGCUCAAAGCCAGUUUUGGUUACAAAGACGGAACUCAAAAAAUAUUUAGGCAUCUGUCUCUUGUUAGGACUGGUGCCACAGCCAAACAUUCGCAUGUUGUGGAAUUCUAUAUUAGGUAUACCACUUAUAAUUGAAACGAUGACACUCGGUAACUUUGAAAAAUUACGAAGUGUCAUACAUUUCAAUGACAACAUAAAUUACAAACUUAGAGGAGAGCCAGGACACGACAGACUUUUCCGUAUUAGACCCUUAUUGGAAACAUUGAGAAAGAAAUGUCAAUCUGUGCCGAAACGAGAGACACUUUCGGUGGAUGAGCAAAUGUGCGCUACCAAAACCUGCAACUUCCUCCGCCAGUAUCUCCCGAACAAACCUCAUAAGUGGGGAUACAAGUUGUUGGUGUUGUGUGAUGAUAAAGGUUUUGCUUAUGACUUUGAAAUCUACUCCGGCGCAGAAAAUGAUCCUGAGUUGAGGCUGCCCGACGAAUGUGAUUUAGGAGCGAGUAGCAACAUCGUUGUACGCCUAUGUCGCAGUGUUCCAAGAAAUUAA